UCCAAGCACGUUUGCUCAGAAGUACGCUCGACUGAGAUCAAUGGGGUUUACUCCUGAGGAAAGAUGCAGAGGAUGGCAGCUUUCGAGAGUCUGAUGUAGGUACUACUUGAUCUUGAAAGUGACUGCUGUUAAAAUGUCAGCACUGAGCAAUGAUUGCUCACAUUUGGAAUCCGUUGGGGAGAUCACCAAGGAAGAUUUAAUACACAAAUCGCACGGCACUUGCCAGGACUGUAAAGUUAAAGGACCAAAUCUUUGGGCAUGCUUAGAGAAUAGAUGCUCAUAUGUUGGUUGUGGGGAAUCUCAUAUAGAUCACAGCACCAUACAUUCUCAGGAUACCAAGCACUGUCUAACUGUUAAUCUUACCACACUACGUGUCUGGUGUUAUGCAUGUAGCAAAGAAGUGUUUUUGGACAGAAAACUAAGAUCUCAUUCUUCAUUGCAAAAUGUACGUUUGUCUCAUCAAACUCCAGAGCACAGCGUACAGGAUAUUAGAUUACCUAGUAUCCCAACACUCAAAAUUCCUCUAAUUGCAACAUUUGAUGACCUAGAUAUACAGGUAGAUGAAGAAGAUGAAUUCAAGGCUAGAGGUCUGACAGGCUUGAAAAAUAUUGGAAACACUUGUUACAUGAAUGCAGCUUUACAAGCUCUUUCAAAUUGCCCACCAUUGACACAGUUUUUCCUUGAUUGUGGGAGCUUAGCUCGGACUGAUAAGAAACCAGCCAUUUCCAGAAGUUAUUACAAACUCAUGACAGAACUCUGGCAUAAAAGCAGGCCUGGGGCUGUUGUCCCUACAAAUCUAUUUCAAGGAAUUAAAACAGUGAAUCCAACAUUUCGAGGCUAUUCCCAACAGGAUGCACAGGAAUUUCUGCGCUGUUUAAUGGAUUUGUUACAUGAAGAGUUAAAGGAGACUGUUAUUGCAAUAGAGGAUACUGACGCAGCAAAUGCAGAAGAGAACAUGGAAGAAGAGAAGAGCCAAUCAGAUGUAGACUUUCAGUCAUGUGGUAACACUGAUAAGGUAGAGAAUGAAACUUGGUCAAAACCUGUGGCAGAGGACCAUACAGAAGAUGCUAUGUUAAUUGCGGAUGAUGAAAAUGCAUCUAAAGACUAUCAGAAUGAGAAAUCUUUGUCUACCAAGAUGGACAGAACAAGCUCUAUGGAAGACAUAGAAAAAGACAUAAACAGUUUCUUUGAAACGGCUGAAUUUUUGAGUAAUCAGGAAACAGUGAAGGUGCAAAUACACAGCAGAUACUCAGACUAUAUCAAUGAUGUCCAUAUGAAUGAUGUGUCUAUGCCACAAAGCUUUCCUUCAAAAGAUGGAGGGAAUGCACGUUUAUCAACCAGUCCCCCCAAAUCAGGGUCUUUCUGGUCUGGACUGGCACCCUCACAUAAAAAAGCUGUAUCUUCCUCCAAAAAGAAGAAGCACAAAAAAUACAGAAGCGUUAUUUCUGACAUAUUUGAUGGGAGUAUUAUAAGUUCAGUACAGUGUCUGACAUGUGAUCGGGUGUCAAUUACCCUGGAGACUUUCCAGGACUUGUCCUUGCCUAUUCCAGGUAAGGAAGACCUCGCUAAGCUGCAUUCUGCGAGUCAUCAGACUUCUAUUGUCAAGGCAGGUUCAUGUGGUGAAGCGUAUGCUCCUCAAGGCUGGAUAGCAUUUUUUGUGGAAUACUUCAAAAGGUUUGUUGUCUCCUGUGUUCCUAGCUGGUUUUGGGGUCCAACAGUAACCUUACAAGAUUGUCUUGCUGCCUUUUUUGCUAGAGAUGAACUGAAAGGUGACAAUAUGUACAGUUGUGAAAAGUGUAAAAAGUUAAGAAAUGGAGUAAAAUUCUGCAAAGUUCAACACUUUCCUGAGAUUUUAUGUAUUCAUCUCAAACGAUUCAGGCAUGAUCUUAUGUUUUCCACAAAAAUUGGGACUCAUGUAUCCUUUCCCUUGGAAGGACUUGAUCUUCAACCUUUUCUUGCUAAGGACAGUCCAGCGCAAAUAGUGAACUAUGAUCUCUUAUCAGUCAUCUGCCACCAUGGAACUGCCAUCAAUGGACACUAUAUAGCUUAUUGCCGGAACAAUUUAAAUAAUCGAUGGUAUGAGUUUGAUGAUCAGAGUGUCACAGAAGUAACAGAAUCAACUGUCCAAAAUGCUGAAGCUUAUGUUCUCUUCUACAGAAAAAGCAAUGAAGAAGCUAAAAAAGAGAGACAGAGGGUGUCAAGCCUUAAUGUAAUGGAACCAAGUCUCCUCCAGUUUUACAUUUCUCGACAGUGGCUGAAUAAAUUCAGGACUUUUGCAGAGCCAGGACCUAUUUCAAAUAAUGAUUUCCUCUGCAUACAUGGAGGAGUUCCUCCACACAAGGCUACUUCUAUAGAGGAUUUAGUAGUAAUGCUACCUCAAAACAUUUGGGAUAACUUGUAUAGCAGGUAUGGUGGAGGACCAGCUGUUAACCAUCUGUAUGUUUGUCAUACCUGCCAUGUGGAAACAGAGAAGAGAGAGAAAAGAAGGAAGGCGGAACUGGAAAUGUUUAUUCGGCUCAACAGGGCAUUUCAAGAGGAGGAGUCUCCAUCCAUAUUCUAUUGCAUCAGUAUGCAGUGGUUCAGAGAAUGGGAAGGGUUUGUGAAGGGCAAGGACAGUGAUCCUCCAGGGCCCAUUGAUAAUGCCAAAAUUGCUGUCAGUAAAUGUGGUUCUGUUGUUGUGAAACAAGGAGCUGAUUCUGGACAGAUUUCUGAAGAAACAUGGAAUUUCCUAGUAUCAAUCUAUGGCGGAGGGCCAGAAAUCAUACUGCGGCCACCUGUUGCUCAAAUAGAACCUGAACCAUUACAAACUGAAGAUAAGAUUGAUUCAGAAACACGUUAUCUGUAGCCAUCAACACAAGGAUUAAUUAUUAUGGAACAUCUUCCACUUAACAUACAUUCCGGGAUUUUUUUCUUCCUGUUUUGCUUUUGUUUUCCCUGUGAGCAAACAGGACUUUGGGCAUUAUCGCAUCUGUGGAAAAUGAAUUGAGACUUGUAAAACAGAGAUUCUAAAAAAAAAUAUUAGAACCUUUCAAAGAGAUUGGUGUAGUCUUGAGAAUAUAACUUUCUUGUCCUACAUAGUUGUACGUAUGCAAAAUAUAGAUGAAGGAUUUAACAAUUAUUUUCAAUAUAUCUGUGAAUUUCAAGGCUCUUUCAAAUCAUGUUUUGUCAAGAUGAGAUUUAAAGGGCCUUGAACACCAUUUGAUGGAAAGGUAGGAUGUAUAUUUAACAAAAUAAUAAAUAUGGUUUCAAUGUUCUAUGAAAACUCAGGAAAAGUUAGGUUUCACUUUUAUUUGCACUGCACUAUAGAAAAACAUAAUGAACUAAAACUGUCAAAUGCUUUUCUUAUUUGAGUGUAUAAACUAUGUGAAUGAUUUGUUAGCAGAUUAAGUAAUUUACUGCCUACUGUUCAAACUUCUGUUAUGUUUUUGGCACAUAUAAGCUACUAUAAACAAUAGUAUAUGUAACUAAACCCAUAGUCUUUAGGAGUGUUUGUUUUGGAGAGCAUGAGGUGGGUAUGUUAACUGCUUGCGCACCUGAGGAAUUUUCUAGUCUUUUUUAAAUUAAAUGCAUUAAUAGUUUCAUGUGGAAAAAUGUACAGUCAUGCAGUGCUCAUUGGCAUGAUUUAUGAUGUCAGAUGUUGAAUGAAUACACACAGCAAGAUUGCAAAAGUGUUCUAGAUUAUUCAUAUUGAAAUGUUGAAUGUCACCCCAAUGUCUUUCUUCCUGAAUAUUGCUACCAUAUAAGCAAUAUUAUUCAAUGCUAGUCCAAUAAAAACAAUUUUUAAAACAGUUACAAA